GGGAAAUUCUGGCUUUGUAGGCGAGGAUAAGGAGGGCAAAGGCAAAGGCAAAGAAACCGCCAUCCUCCCGCCCCAAUCGACCACGCAAGGCGGCAAUCCGGUCGCAUACGACGAGAAAUACGAAUCUCCGCCCGGGGACUCUGAACUGCCUUCGUACCGCUCUGCCUUGUUCCUCAGCAAAACCCAGAAGUUCCAGGACUGGAACUACACCCGGCGGGCGUGUUUCAUCGCGACCUUGGAACUCAAAAAGCACUGGGAGUUUUACGGCAGCAGCCCGAUCUGGAAGGACGCGAACUCAUUCAAAAUGGCGUCGUCUCCUCAGCUUCUCUUUGUCGAUGGCUCUUUCGCAGAGCUGGCGCAGGAAAUGGCCGACUACAUCCAGGUCGGCGAGCAGGUGAAGUCGCUGCUUGCCAAGGAACAAAACGAAGAAGCCCUCCAGGCCAUCGUCAAGGCCUCAAGCUACCUCAAUCAAGUUCCCGAGAAGGAGUUUACCGGCGCCUACAAUCUCCUCAUCCACUUGGUUCUGCAGUCCAGCGACUACAAAAAGUACCUUCCUGCCAUCUGCGGAAACCUCCUCAAGCCCAUCACGUCGUCUCCUACUCACGGUUUUACCCUUGCCGCGAACGCGCUCAGCACCAUCUUCAACCUCCUCGACAAGACCAAUCCAGUGCGGUACCAUGUCUUCAUGCAGAUCGUUCGCUUUAUCCGCCAACACGGCCAGUUUGACCUGCUCAAACCCCGGUUACCGAACCUCGAGGGCUGGUUUGCCGCGUGGGAGACGGAUGAGGAGGACAAGCGCAGGCUUUAUGUAGAGGUCGCCGACGUUGCGGGAGAGGCUGGCGACGACGAGGAGGCAUACCACUAUCUCGUCAAGGCCAUAGCCACGUUCGACCGCGAGGACCAAGAGGAAAUCACAUCGGAGGAGGCCCAGAAGCUCUCACUCAAAGCCACCCGCAUGGCCAUUUCAUCCCCUACCCGUUUCGACUUCCAAGAUCUCCGCGCCCUGCCCAGCGUGCAGGCGUUGAGCGACUCGCACCCGGUCUACGCACAGCUGCUCGACAUUUUCACCGAGCAAGAUCUCGAGGAUUACAACGACUUCAGAGACGAGCAUGAGGGCUGGAUCGAGAAGGAGAAGCUCGACCACGAGAAGCUGCAGCGCAAGAUGCGCCUGCUCACCUUUGCCAGCCUGGCCGCGAGCACGCCCAACCGCGAGAUUCCCUACGCCAACAUCGCCCGCGCCCUACAGAUUCCCUCCGAGCAGGUUGAGAUGUGGACAAUUGAUGUGAUCCGCGCCAAGCUGGUUGAGGGCCGGCUUUCGCAACAGAAGCAGGUCUUUUUGGUGCACCGGACGACCUACCGCGUCUUUGGCGAGAAGCAGUGGCGUGAGCUGGGCACCAGGGUCGACCAGUUCAAGUCGGUCGUCGACCGGCUCACCGCCGUCGUCCGCAAGGCGCAGGCCGACGCUGAGGCGCAGCGCGAGCGCGAGCAGCAGGAGAUUGAGCGCAAGCUUGCCAACGUCGGCAUUAGCGGCGGCCAGGGCGGCGAUCGCCGCCGCCAACCGCCGAAGCAGCGCACCGAUGAUGAUGACUGA